AUGUAUGCCGUCGGCUGGAUACAGUUCCAGGAUUCUGGUGAUAAGGAGGCAUUUCCCGUUCACUAUCAACCGGAAAAUGAGCCUCAAGAUAAGCGGUCACUUGGUAGUCAUAAAGCUCGGGGACCGCGGCUACAUAGUGGCAUUCUUGGGAACCUGUGUUACUUUACUUCAGAGCAUUGUCAUGAUGGGACAAGCAGUGGAUUCUGCUGGAAGCAUGUGAGCAAACCAGAAGGAGUGACGGAACACUUUCCGGAAGGAUGCAGGUUUCGGACAUAUAAAUUCGCCCAAAAGGAGAACUCCGGAGGGCGCCGGGAAGGCCUUCCAGAGGUGUUGAACCAGGGAGUUGGCAGAGCAUGUGACAAAUUAAUGGAGGACAACCUGGUGAUGUCCAUCGGUAAUGAGUUUGUGCCAAAAGGAGAACUCCGGAGGGCGCCGGGAAAGGCUUCCAGAGGUGUUGAACCAGGGAGUUGGCAGAGCAUGUGA